GACGCCAUCACGCAGAGCACGCCGGAGCGCGCAGGUUGUGUAUGAAAAGGAGCAGUUACUGGCCACUCAGCCGUUCUUCACCGCUCGCUGCAGUUGAUUCGCCACACACAGGACUGUAGGAAAUAAUGUCAGACGAAUACAUUGUAAGAGUUCGUGGCCUGCCAUGGUCUUGCACACGUGAAGAAGUGCUUGAGUUCUUUUCAGACUGCGCCAUACUUGAUGGAAUUAGUGGUAUUCACUUCACCACAUCCAAAGAAGGACGUCCAAGUGGGGAGGCUUUCAUUCUUCUGGAAACAGACGACGAUCUUAAAAAAGCUUUGGAGAAAGACCGUAAAUAUAUGGGACACAGAUACAUUGAAGUGUUCAAGUCAAAUAACACAGAAAUGGAAUGGGUUUUGAAACACAAUAGCACUGGAGAUGUUGACACAGCCACUGAUGGAACAGUGCGACUACGAGGGCUACCUUUUGGGUGCAGCAAAGAGGAGAUUGUACAGUUUUUCUCAGGGUUGAGAAUCGUGCCAAAUGGGAUAACAUUGACGGUCGACUACCAGGGGAGAAGCACAGGGGAGGCCUUCGUGCAGUUUGCUUCAAAGGAGAUAGCAGAAAAUGCUCUGGGGAAACACAAGGAGAGAAUAGGGCACAGAUAUAUUGAGAUAUUUAAGAGUAGUCGAACUGAGAUCCGAACAUCUUAUGAUCCUCCGAGGAGAAUGCUAGGUCAGCGUCCUGGCCCGUAUGACCGACCAAUGGCAGGUGGUCGUGGAGCUUAUUCUGGCACUGGUGCUGGGCGUGGGAAUAUUUAUGACCGAAUGCGUGGCGGAGGUGGUGGAUAUGGAGGUGGUUAUGGUGGUUUUGAUGAAUUCAGUGGUUAUAACAACUAUGGCUAUGGAACAGAUGGUUUUGAUGACAGACUUAGAGAGGGGAGAAGCAUCGCACAGGCUUACAGUGGUGGUGAUGGAGCCACAGGAUUUCACAGUGGGCACUUUGUUCACAUGAGAGGACUACCGUUCCGUGCUACAGAAAGUGACAUUGCUGGUUUCUUUUCUCCUCUGGCACCAAUCAGAGUUCACAUAGACAUUGGUGCAGAUGGAAGAGCAACAGGAGAAGCAGAUGUAGAAUUUGCUACACAUGAGGAUGCAGUAGCAGCAAUGUCUAAAGACAAAAAUAACAUGCAACAUCGAUACAUUGAGUUGUUCCUGAAUUCAACAGCUGGUGGUGGCACAGGAUUAGGUUGUUAUGGCAGAGAAGCACUAGAUGGCACUGGUUAUGGUGCUAUGAGCAGAAUGGGUAUGACUGGCAACUACAGUGGAUGUUAUCCAAAUCCUGAUGGCUUAGGUGGCUAUGAUUCCCAUUUUCACCAGGAAGGGGCAGUACUGGAAACAGUGGCGGCUACUAUGGCCAGCAUGAGAGCAUGGGCGCAGCUGGAUGGCGUGGAAUGUAUUAGUAAAUGAUUUCGUUAUCUAAAGGAAGUUGUGGAAGAAAACAGUUGUUUUUUUAUUUUUAAUUACAUUUUGUGUUUAAACUUUGUAUGGACUUGAGGAAUAUGUUCUUAAAAUUUUAGUGGACGGAGUACAGUGGACAUUGUUAACUGUAGAAUUUCAUUUGUUCAAAUGCAAAAGUUGACUUUGAAUAAAUUUUUUUAUAAUCUGAA